UCAGUACGUUCGCGAACGUGAAUCACGUGACUCGCGCCAGUUCCACUCAUACCGGCAUGGUCGCGGCGGAGCUUAACUGAACUGAGAAAGGAACGAAUCAGUUCAGGAAGUGAUUCGCUUCAGUACGUUCACUCAAAAGAUUCGUUCUUUCGAACGAAUCGUUCGCGAACGACACAAUAAUGCGUGGACCGAUUGGAUCUCUCGGGACUGGUCGGGUAGUCAAUGGUCGUGACGGCGUUAAACGGAUAAUACGUUAUUGUUCAGUGUUUUUAAUCAUUACGUACAUGUACACGAACAGUAUAUGUCGUUUAAUAAGUAAAAUGUUAGUAAUACUUGUUUGUAUUCGGAUACAAUAGUCUGAGCGCACUGGCGCGUCUCUUACUAGCUUGGAUGGCUAGUUAGCUUAGCUUGUUAGCUGCUAACAAAGACGGGCGGAAGUGAUCAAAACACAUCGCUUGCCAGAGAUCAAGUGUGAGUGUAAAGUGUUGUGAUUGUGUGGAAAUGUGCGAAAGAACGAUGGCAGAGUACGAGGAGGAACUUUGUCCAACAAAAGAGGAGAAGGCGCGGCAGCAUCAACUCCUGGACACCUAUUACAGGAAACACCAUCAGAUUGGGUUGCACACAGACGUCCACCAGCACCCCCACGUUAAGGAGGAAGAGGAGGAAAUGUGGAUCACUCAGGAGAAAGAGUCUCUUAGAAAGCAGGAGGAGGCGGAUCUCACCCAGUUUCCACUGACUGUUGUCUCGGUGAAGAUUGAAGACAAACCACCUGAGUCCUCACAGCUUCAUCACAGUCCAAAGGGAGAGGAUUCAGAAGAAGAGGUUUCAGAAUUUGAGGAUCACAUUUCUGCAAAUUCAGAGUCUGUGAGUGACUCUGAAGAAGAUGAUGAGAUUGAGCAUCAGCCAUUUCCAAAACAAAGACGAGUCACUGGACCAUGCCACCAGCAGCCAGCCCCAGGACCAAGCAGUAAACAGCCAGCCCCAGGACCAAGCCGUCAGCAGCCGGCCUCGGGUCCAGAACAAGCCAGUCAGCAUGGAGCAAGUGAGGAAAUAUGGAUGUCAAAAAAUUCUGAAAUUGAAUGGUCUUCUCGGCCAAGAAAAGAGCCACCCCGCAUGGCUGCCACUGUGAUAAGGAUGCAACCAGGCCCAACAUGGGUGGCAGUUACUCACACACAGGACAUCAAGUCUUCUUUUGAGCUUUUCAUCCCAGAUUCCAUCCAGGAAAUCAUUCUUGACUGCACUAAUUCAGAAGGAAGACGUGUUUUUGGAGAGAGGUGGAAAGAAAUGGACCAAAUCCAAUUACAAGCUUACUUCGGAGUUCUCAUCCUUGCUGGAGUUUUCAGGUCCAAAGGGGAACCCGCAGAAUCCCUGUGGGACGCAGAAACUGGCAGAGAAAUUUUCCGUGCAACGAUGUCUCUGGAAAACUUUCACAUCAUUUCCAGGAUUAUCCGCUUUGACCACAGAGAUGACAGACCAGCUCGACGGCAGAGAGACAAACUAGCUGCCAUCAGGACAGUGUGGGACAAGUGGGUGCACCGCCUCUCCCUGCUUUACAACCCUGGGCCAAAUGUCACCAUUGAUAAACAGCUGAUCCCAUUUAGGGGCCGCUGCCCCUUUAGGCAGUAUAUACCAUCUAAACCCGCAAAGUAUGGUAUAAAGAUCUGGGCUGCCUGUGAUGCCACUUCCUCAUAUGCUUGGAACUUACAAGUCUAUACAGGGAAACCUGAUGGAGGAGCCCCCGAGAAAAACCAAGGAAUGAGAGUUGUCCUCGACAUGUCUCAGGGACUCAGCGGACACAACAUCACAUGCGACAAUUUUUUUACCUCGCACAAACUGGGACAGGAGCUCCUGAAGAGGAAGCUGACCAUGGUGGGAACAAUCAGGAAAAACAGCUCAGAGCUCCCACCUCAACUGUUGACUUCAAAGAACAGGCCUGUCAAGUCUUCCAAGUUUGUAUACACGGCUGACACAUCCCUGGUAUCCUACGUGCCAAAGAAAGGCAAGAAUAUGGUACUCAUGAGCACACGGCACGGGGAUGGAAGAAUCUGUGACCAGGAACAUCACAAACCAGAGAUCAUCCUGGAUUAUAAUGCCACGAAAGGAGGGGUAGACAACAUGGACAAGCUGGUGAUGGCCUACAGCUGCAAACAGAGGACUCUACGCUGGCCACUGGUGAUAUUCUUUGACAUGUUGGACAUCUCGGCGUACAAUGCCUUUGUCAUUUGGAUGGCACUAAACCCAGAGUGGAAACGAGUGAAGCUCCAGAAAAGACGGCUCUUUCUCGAGGAUCUGGGAAAGGCAUUGGUGAGACCACAAAUCGAGAGAAGGAAGCAUAUCCCCGGAACCCCAGCCUCUGCAGCCAUGGUGAGGAGGAUUCAGGAGGAGAAUGCUGGUGCCCUGGCCACCCAGGCUACAAAACCACAAUCUGCAGAGCCGGAAGUUGUGAACACCAGCAACAAGAAGAAGCGGUGCGAAGUGUGCAGACCCAAGGUGGACAGGAAAACACAAUAUACAUGCAUCAAGUGCAGAAAGUAUAUCUGCAACACACACACAGUAAAACUCUGCCCCUCAUGUGUUGUAUAGGCUAGUGGCUAAAGGCCAUGUGUUCCAUGGGUCUGACCUGUUGUCUUGACUGAUAUGUUCACUCCGUGUUCAGCUUGUGUUGUGCAUCUGAAUGGGUUACAUUUCAAGUUCAAAGAAAUAAACGUAGAUGUGAAAAACCUUG